GAGGAGGAGAAGGAGCAGCUCUGACACACGAAACAAAGGGGAGACAAACAGAGAGGCUGGAGAACGCAGAUAGAACCCUCUGAGAGUGAAAGCAGAGAGGAGGAUCAGUGAGUGGAGAGGAGGCGGCGGAGGAGGGAAGAGCUAAGGAAGAGGGGAGGGACGAGAAGGCAGGGGAGGACCGGUGCGAGAGGAGACAGAGAGGCAGAUCUGGAGCUUGACAGAGCAGCGGCGUGCAGCUGAAGAGCGGACUGAACACACAUGCACGGACGCACACGCCUCUGAGGAGUGUGGAGACAUGCACAGCCGGCUGCUGCUGCACAUGGACACACCAACACCAGCCGGGCACCACGGAGGAAAUACAGCAAACCCCUGAGCUGUCGGAGCGAUGGAGAGCAGCAUGUUCUUCGGCAACACAUGUCCGAGUGGCCUCAUGCCCGCCCUGGUGCGUCCAACCCUGCCUGCUGUCCAGAGCUCGCUGGCGAUGAAGCAGUUCCUCCCGAUGCCGUUGGACACGGCGUCGGCCGUCAGCCUCUUCCCAGGAUUCAGCGCGAUGGACCCGGUGCAAAAAGCCGUCCUCCAUCACACCCUCGGCCUCCCCCCCACCGUCAAGAGGAAGCACGUCUCCUGCAGCGUCUGCCAGCUGAGGUUCAACUCGCAGAGCCAGGCUUUGGCCCACUACAAAGGUACCAAACAUGCCAAGAGGCUAAAAGCCCUGGAAACCCCGAAGAGUAAGCUCAAGGGCUCCGCCAUCACCAAGGAGACCACCAGCCCGGAGAUCUCCAAGGGCAUCAGCACCUCGCAGAUCCCCAACGGCGUCCACAAAAAAGAUGCCAUCUGCGCGCGGCCAGCGUCCCCCGCUGAGAGGCCAGCGCCGCCAGCGCCGCCAGCGCCACCAUCGCCGUCAGCUGCUUCCUCGCCCAGCGACCAGAGUGUCACAGCAGCGCCAGAGACCAGCCCUGCGGCAGCGGGAGACGAGAAGCCGCCGCCAAAGCUAGGCUCUCCCUCGGAACCGGACGCCGACCACGAGGCCGAACCGGAGACAGACGCGGAGACGGAGGAGGAGAAGGCUCGCCGCCUCCUCUACUGCUCGCUCUGCAAAGUGGCGGUCAACUCAGCGUCACAGCUGGAGGCGCACAACAGUGGUACGAAGCACAAGACGAUGCUGGAGGCUCGCAGCGGCGUGGGCUCCAUCAAGUCUUUUCCUCGAGCGGGACUCAAGAGCAAAUUAGCUUCCUCCUCCAAGUCAUCCACGGGCCUGCAGAACAAAACCUUCUACUGUGAGACGUGUGACGUGCAUGUCAAUUCAGAGACUCAGCUGAAACAGCACAUCAGCAGCAGGCGGCACAAAGACCGAGCGGCGGGCAAACCGGCCAAACCCAAGUACAGCCCCUACAGCAAACCACAGAAAGGCCAGAGCAAGCAGCCGAUAAAGCUGAUUUUGGGGAAGGAGCGCCCCUGCCGGCCCCUCACCGCUCAGAUCAUCCCGGCUCAGCUGGCAGCAGUGGCCGCUGCUGCCGCCGCCGCCCUCGGUAACUCUUUCGCCCAGCGCACAAACCCCGCCUCCAACCCCACGUCCGGCCCCGGCCUGUUCCAGACGCAGACCCUCCCGGCGGCGCUGCUCCGCCCGGCCCCCGGGCCUGUCAGGACCUCCCAUCCGCCUGUCCUCUUCGCUCCCUACUGAAGGCAUUGACCCCCCCCCCGCUGUCCGACUAUGCAUUUGAAGCCCCUCACUCAGUUUGGACCCCCCUCUAAUGGAUUCACCGGACUCCACGUGCUGUCUGUGCCACCCGGCUCGCUCCCGGGCCCCGGACUCGAACCCUCGCCAUUCUGCAAUAAUGUACAAAGCCAACCCUGUGACCUAUGCAGUGUAAUUAUGUCCCGAUCUAAGGUGCCGUUUGUGCUGAACAUGGUGGGGAUGAAUUUGGUUAAGCUACCGUUGCAUUUGUGGAGUUCCGUCACCUGCAUCAUCCUGGUCAGGAUCGGGAGGGGGCGGAGUCUGUCUCUGUGAUGUCACAAACGAACAAACGUGGUCCUCGGAGCUCUAAACCGAAAGUUUGUCUGGGAAGCUGCUGCUUGGAAGCGACAGAGCUGGACUCCUCCAUGAACAUAAGCCACGCCCCCUCUGUUCCUGGAUGCACUUUAAGCUCCUCCUCCGUUCACGUCUGCAUUAGAUGGCUAGGCUGUGUUAGAUGUUAGUGUGCUGUACUGUGUGUCUCUCUUUUUUUGUCAUUCUUGCAUAUCAGUGUGUGUGUGCGUAUGUGGGGGUGUGCACGUGUGUGUGCGUGUGGGUGUGUGUGUGUGUGUGUGUGUGCGCUUUCAUCCAAUCAAAGCAUCCCAUCACUGACCGUCUCGGGCCAGAAGGACCACGAAGCCUCGUCUGUGUUAAAUGUUGGUGUGUUAAAGGUGAACAAUUUCAAAUAAAAGAGUCUUAAUUUGUUAU